CAAAAAAGAAGAAAAAAGAAAUAUUUUUUGCAAAAGUUUAUAUGGCGCCAAAAAAUAUUACUGCUGACCAUACUUCCCGCCUUAAGCAGCUAUUAAAUCCGUUAAAAACCAAAAAUGAAAAAUGAAAACCUAAAAAUGGAGAAGAAAGCAAACUACUGGCUGCUGAAAACGGAGCCGGCGGAGUGGUCAUGGGAUGAUCAAGCCGCCAAUGGAGGGUUGUCCAAUUGGGAUGGAGUGAAGAACAAGCAGGCGCAGAAGUACAUGAAGAGCAUGAAAGUAGGGGAUCUGUGCUUCUUCUAUCACUCCGGCACCAAAUCUCGCCGCGUGGUGGGCGUGGUGGAGGUGGUGCGCGAGUGGUACGAGGAGGGGGAGGCGGUGGACGUGAAGGCGGUGGGGGAGAUGAAGGCGGCGGUGGGGCUGGCCGAGAUGAAGAAGGAGUUGAAAGGGGUGGAGUUCGCGCUGUUCAGGCAACCCAGGCUGUCUGUUUUGCCGGUGGAGAAGGCGGUUUGGGAGAGAGUUUGCCAGAUGGGGGGUGGAUAUCAUGAUAAUGAUGAUGAUUAGGUGUUUGAUGAUUUGUCUCACUCAACGUUUUGUUUGCCAUGUUUGUAUAGCGGUUUUUGGGCGUAUAACGGGUUCUCUGUAAAUUAUCUCUGGUUAUGGAAGGCAAUAUUAUAUUUUGAGUAUCA